ACUGGCAUCACUGCCGGGCAACCGUGUUGUCAAGCAUGUGUUGCCGGCAUGGCAGAUGGCAGAAUCGCCCUGAAAAGAGAGAAAAAAAAAACAAGCAGCAAACAUCGAGAGGAGUUUCGUUGGCUCGGUUCCAUCAGGGUCGAGAACGUUCGACGUGUGUUUCUCGAUUAAUAUGAUCGUCGACAGUUACAAUUCGUUCCCAUUGUGCGCUGGAAAUCUUUCUGAUCCGAUAUUAUGGAAAAGCAACUCGAGGCUCUGAAUAUCGAUGAUUCCUUUGAGUCGGAACUAGAAUCACCACGUAGAAUAAUCAGGACGUUUAGUUUUCCAUCCAGCCAAAUCCAUUGUUUCAAGGCUCCUGAAGAAUUAAAGUCACCCAAGCUGGACAGGCAUUACAGCGAGCAAAUAAUAUAUCCAAACAUUUAUGCGAGGAGACCGGCAAUAUUAUCAGAGAUGGAAGCACGCAUUAAAAAAGCAGAGUAUAUCUUUUAUGACAAUAGUAAGGUUCCGGACCAUAUCUGGCCUCCAAGGAUUGAUAAGGCACCAUCCAUCCCCGCACCUAUGCCUGCGGACAAUCAGGUGGAAUAUAUGGAAGUAGAGAAAUAUCCAGAUUCACUAAAAUCUAUCCAUGAUGCUACAUCAUCCACAUCCGCACCUAUGGAAACGGUCGAUCGAGCAGAAGCUAUGGAAGUUGAAAAAUUUAUGGACUCUACGAAUCCUGCGGGAUGCAUAGACUUAUCGAAAACGAUCUCUAUAGAAUCAUUAUCGUUCGCUGCUGUAAUCGCGCAAGCACACACGACUGUGUUGAGGUCUGUCUUCAAUUUAGAAUCCCAACCUGCAGAAGCGGACGAUGAUACAAGACUGAUUCCUACAAGACGAAAACUCUGGAAGACUUCUAAGACUCAAAACGACAAUACAGACUAUACGAACGAAAACGUUGAAGAUGAUGAGAAACGAAGUAACUAUCAAGAUACGAAAGAAGAAAUUCGUCCUAAAAAUGCUUCAAAGUGUUCGAAAGUCAAACAAGCACUUCGUGUAUUUUUUGUAGCAAUUUUGUUAUUUGUACUUUUGUUUUUCGUACCUUUGCAAGACGAUCAGAAUGAUAAGCAUAGUAAUACUUUUGCGACUGCUGUUGUAGAAUUGAAAAAACAGAUUUUUGGUCAAGAUCGAGCCAUAGAAGUCUUGACUGAUUAUAUUCCGCAAGAUUCACCUUCUUUAAAAAUAAUAGCUCUCGUUGGUGGUACUGGUGUCGGUAAAUCAUACACGGCGGAAAUUAUAAGGAAGAACUUUCAUGAAAGAAGUAGUAACCGUCUCUUUUUUUCGCGCGCGGACUUAUUUGUAUUGGAAAAUUUGAGAGAAGAGCAUUUGUUGGACACUAUAAAGUUUGUAAAAACGCAUCAAGAGACAUACGGACAUCGAUACGGUACCAUAUUAGCUAUUUUUAAUGUCGAGCAAAUGAGUGACGAUUCAACGCGUAGCAUAGAUUUGAACAAAAGUAUAAGUACAAUAAGAAGUACUUUUGCCGACGCAAAUCUCGAUAUCAAAGUUAUUCCCUAUGAACCCUUGAGCGAGGAAACUUUAGAAAAAUGCAUUAUAGACGUGGCGAAAAAUAUCAAGAAAACACUCUCUCGAGAUCAGAUUGCUCUUAUUAAACAACAAUUGAUAGAAAAUAAUACCGGUUGCAAAGGAGCCUAUGGCAAAGUUCAGGUGAUUGGUAGACAAUAAAGAAAUUAUACGUGAUUACUUCUGAGGUGACAAGACUUAUAAAAUUAUUGUUUAAUGACUGAUAUAAUAAUAUUCAAUAAAAUAAUAUAUUUUUUCUCUGUUUACAUUUUUUAUUGUAAUAAUCUCAAGAAGGGUAAUUUCCCUAUUAAGAUAUUAUUUUCCUUUAAAAAUAUGUCGAAUUGCAUUUUCACGUUGCUUAAUUAAAUCGUCAGUCAGUAAAAAGUCAACUCGCACAUGAUUUACAAUCAUAGUCUAUUGGUUUGAAUACAUGAUGAAAUUUUUGUAUGCAUUGCAUCCAGGUUGUAUUAAAAAAGUGAUUGAUAAUUUUUGCAAGAUAUGAUGUGUGAUAUGUUGUUUAGCGUACGUCUAGCGAAACGUGUAAUUAACGCGUUACACAAUUAAAUAAACUUAAAUUGAUUAGAAUUCCCGACAUAUGUAAUAUCUCAAAUAUUUUUUGCUAAAAAAUUGAUUUUGCUAAGUUUCAUUCUGUAAUCACAUUUGAAUUUACGACGAUUUAUAAACAAGUGUUCGUGAUUAUUGCGUAUGUAUAAAUUUUCAUAAUGACAUGUAAUGCUCAAACGUUAGGUUUUUUUUUAAUAGCUACGCUACGUUGUCACAAUAUAACACAGUAAUGUCACUUCUAUACGAGAACAAAUUAUUUUAGUACGCAUGCGUCGAUCAUACAAUUGACCACAUGGCGCAUAUGUAUUUAUGUAUUUAUGUAUGUAUAUGUGUAUGUAUGUAUGCAUGCAUGUAUGUAUGCAUGCAUGUAUAUAUGUAUAUCAAUAAGCGCUAUACAAUGGGUUUAGGAGAAACAAUCGUGUAGUAAUCGAACGUGCGAACGUGUUACUUCUAGAACCAACGAAUCAACGUCGAGUAUUGACAAGACGAUGCUCAACGAUCAAUAUGACGAUGAGUCAUGUGGCUUG